AUGGGUGAUCCAAACCUGCUAUCACCUCAAGCCGCUGCGAGCUCCGUUGGUGAGACAGUGCCGCCGCCGCCGCCGCCGCCGCCGACAACACCACCGCAACCAAACGGUGCAGAGGUUUCUGCAGACUCUACCCACCGCGGCGUCCAAAAAUCACCCAAGCGACACAAGAAGAGGCGAUUGUCAGCUGAAGAAUGGGACAGGGGUGUGACAAUGGCGGAAGACAUCAACUCCGUUGAUGCGCCUACAGUUGCAACGGAUUCCACCGGCCUCAUUCACCGGAAGGCGCCUGACGAUAAGGAACACUCCCCUACAUCUGGUGGCCCUGAAAACGAGGCGCAUCGGGUUGACUCCCAAAAUGUGGGCUCCUGUGAAAGUGGCCAGCCACCACUGACCUCCCAAUCCUCUCUUGGUGAUUGGGCAGACGACAUGGAGGCCGAUGAUGCACAGCACACGUCGCUGCCUCCUCCAGAGCCCAUGGCUGACAUUGAGCCUGGAGGGCUCUGCGAGUCAGCGGAUCAUAUGGCACAGUAA